AUGCAGGGAGAGCUGAAAUGGGUUAAUAAACUCUCCGGUACUCGUCUUCUUAUUAUCGGAGGAACUUCCGGUAUUGGGUUCGGGGUUGCAGAGGCAAGCGUGGAGCAUGGCGUCUCGUCUCUAAUUUUGAGUUCAUCCUCAAAGAACCGGCUAAAGGAAGCUAUUCAUAAAAUUAAAAAAUCAUAUCCGGACUCGACUACCGACAUCACUACUUAUCAAUGCGACUUGUCGAAUGAAUCAAAGCUAAGCCAAAACGUACAAGAUCUUUUUUCAAAAGUGGGCAUUAUCGAUCAUAUCGUUUUCACAGCUGGUGAUGCGCCAACACUAAAGCCUUUUGCGGAAGUCGAUUUCGAAUCUAUACAGCAAACGGGAAUGGUUCGGUUCUUUGCCCCCCUUCUCGUUGCCCGGUAUGGGUAUAAAAACCUGUCUCCAUCGCCCAAGAGUUCAAUUAUAUUGACAUCCGGUGUCUCCAGUGAGAAGCCCAUACCGGGAUGGACUGUGACAAGUUCCUAUCUUAGUGGGCUUCAUGGCAUGAUGAGGGGAUUGGCUUUUGAUCUAAAGCCUAUCCGUGUGAAUCUGGUCGUCCCCGGCGGCGUGGAUACGGAAAUGUGGAACAUACUAGAUCCACAGUCACGGGCCACUGUGAUCGAGGAAUUGGAGAGACAAACCACAACAGGUCAGAUAGGAACAGUUGAGAGUGUUGUAGAGGCGUACUUGUAUUGUAUGAAAGACUACAACUUAACUGGCUCUACCAUCAGCACAAAUGGAGGCAGACUGUUGAUUUAG